GGCUAAUGACUGGCACUGCUUGACAGUGAUUGGCAGGGGCUGCCAUGACAACCACAGCACGACACCAGGAAGACCAAUAGAAAAGCGAAACAAAAUGUUUCAACGUUACACUUGAGUCUGAUUAAGGGUAGACAUUACAGACUUUACGCGACCGAGCGGUAGAAAGGCGAAAACUGCGGAAGCGGCGAGUUGUUAACCUCGCAUCUUUUCUUUCUUUCUUGUUUGUUUGUCUUCGGCCGGUCGCUCCAUGGUUUUCAGGUCUCCGUUAGAGCUUUACCCCUCUCACCUGUUCCUCCCGAACUUCGUGGAUCGUCCUCUGCUCCUAGCGGCCAGUCUCCCUCGCCCAAGGUCCCCGGACGAUCCGGCCAUGUUCCAGCUGCCCACACUGAGCUUCACGGCCGAGCAGGUGGCCAGCGUGUGUGAAACCCUGGAGGAGACGGGUGACAUCGAGCGCCUCGGCCGUUUCCUUUGGUCCCUGCCCGUGGCACCAGGCGCAUGCGAUGCCAUCAACAAGCACGAAGCCAUCCAACGAGCACGCGCCGUAGUCGCCUACCACACGGGCAGUUUCCGUGAGCUCUACCACAUCUUGGAGAAUCACAAGUUCACCAAGGAAUCGCACGGCAAGCUGCAGGCCAUGUGGCUCGAAGCCCACUACCAGGAGGCCGAGAAGUUGCGCGGACGCCCACUCGGACCCGUCGAUAAGUACCGUGUGCGCAAGAAGUUUCCACUACCGCGUACCAUUUGGGACGGCGAGCAGAAGACGCACUGCUUUAAGGAACGCACGCGCGGCCUUCUGCGGGAGUGGUACCUGCAGGACCCGUACCCCAACCCGAGCAAGAAGCGCGAGCUGGCGCAGGCCACCGGACUCACCCCUACCCAGGUGGGCAACUGGUUUAAAAACCGACGACAACGAGACAGAGCCGCCGCCGCCAAGAACAGGCUGCAGCAGCAUGCCCUGGCUCAGAGCGCUCUCCGCUCUGUCUCGGGUCCCGGGUGCGCGCAGCGCGCCUCCGCCUCUCCCAGCAGUGCGAGCGUGUGCAGCGGUGAGCGGCCUGACCCCGGCACUGUGCUCUCCGUCACCGACAGCGACUCGGACUUCGACGUAUGACACAACGGCGUUUGAAAACGGGGAAAUUUGGACCUGUAAUUAAAUGAAUUAAAAAAACUGAAAAACUGACAGCGUGGGUAGCGGCCAUUUUGGCCUUUGCCGUUGUUCGUCAAAUGGAGAAAAGCAUGCAGUUUUUUCAAGCGCUUCAGUGGACAGACACGCUCUUUCUUUCAUCUCCCUUUUGCAUGGUCAUUUGUGAAUAUUUCUGGACGGUUUAUGGAAAAGCACUAGGAGGAUGAAUUGUAUAGAGACGCCAUUUUACCUCUUUUCUGCUCCCGUACCCCCCGCAAAGCGGACUGUUUGAGUUUUGUAUUUAUCAGACAAUCGUGGAAGUCAAAAGCACCUUUAAGCCGUCUCCUUUGGCUUGACAGCAGAUGUUCAAAGUUUGAGUUUAUCUCGAGAUUUUAUAUUGAAUUAUCAGUGUAUGAUGCGUUUCUCUCUUUGGUCUAGGCUGUACUAGAUAUGCUUGUAUAAUAAUGCAAUUACGCCAUCCUAAAGCAUCUUUCCUUAUUUUGUGUCCUUAAGAGUCAAAGUGUCUGUAAAGUGCUUUGAGAUUUUUAAUAUCUGCUCAUUUGUUCGUUUUUAUACUGUAAAUGGGUUAAUGGCUCUGAAAACGCAGUGUUAUGGGUCACUUUUAUGCAAAUAAAUAUAAUUUAAUAUUAUAA